GGAGUACCACCUUCUUAAUUCAUGCAGCAGACACUCCAUCUUCAUGGCUACGCCUUCGGUACAGAAUAAUGCUGCACGGUACGGGGAAGAGAAUGUCUUUCUCUUCGUCCCAAAUCUCAUUGGGUACACCCGCGUGAUAUUUGCGGUCGCAUCCCUCUACUACAUGCCCUUGCACCCUCGAACAUGCUCGCUCCUAUAUAGUUUCUCUUGUCUCCUCGAUGCGCUAGAUGGAGCCGCUGCCCGGCGUCUAGGGCAAUCCACUCGAUUUGGGGCGGUUUUAGACAUGAUCACAGAUCGCUGUACAACGACUUGUCUACUAGUCUUUCUGGCGAGUGCAUUCCCCAGAUGGAGUAUCGUAUUCCAAGGGUUGAUUAGCUUGGACUAUUCGAGUCAUUACGUCCAUAUGUAUGCAACCUUGGCAAUGGGUGGGAACCGCCAGAGCCAUAAGCAGAUCGAUGAGAGUCGGCCAUGGGUCCUGCGAACCUACUACUCCAACACAAAAGUCCUUUUCACGGUCUGUCUGCUGAACGAGCUCUUCUUCAUCGCACUGUAUCUACUCUCAUUUUCGUCUCCACCACCGCUAGCGAACAGCCCCAAUUUUGAGGCACCUCAAUCAACUCCUUCACAGUCAUGGAGCUCUCCCUGGAGUGCGGGAGCAAUGGAACUAGCCCGCGCAAAUAAGAUAGACGAUUCAUUCCCACAGUUCCUACUUGGUGUCUCAUCAGUUUUCAUGAUUUUCAAGCAGUACGUGAACGUGGUUCAGUUAAUAGAAGCUAGUAAGUGGCUUGUACGACGAGGUGACCUUGAAACGAGAAGGAAUGCACGGCUCGGGAAGAAAAGAGAUCAGUGACAACAUUACGGCCAGCAAAAUUGAUGGAUUAUAUGCAGUACAUAUUGUUUCAGCCGUAAAAAUACUGCAAGGACAUGAACAUAACAGCGAUUCGAGGCUAUACAUAAUCAUACCUAGAAUGACUCUGGAUAUCUUCUGUUCAUAUCCUUCUGCGGAUAAACAUAGCAUGGAAUAUCGGUGUUACAUCGGUAAGAUAGCUUCGCCGUGCGCAACAAGACUCUUGAAGUGAAUCAGGAUUGGUUGGCAGCUAUACAUGAGAAGUAAUAAGCUAGAGCCAUACCAUUUGUCCACUUUUCUAACAUUACCAUAUAUAUGGCGUGGGCCAGAGCGAACAUCCUGGGCAGCUCAUGUAUUCCUAUCACCUCAACCUUCAGCCCUACCUAAGUACCACCUAACUAAAAAUCCUAAGAUACCUCGUGAAAGGCAAGACAAGAAUUCAAAUCUAUAUGACAAGGUAAUAAAAACAAAAAUUAAAAAAGCCACAGGUAUUCUAGAAUCCGACCA